GACCGCACGCCGGAAGUGCGCUUGUUUCCAAGGCGACGGCCUCACCGCCACUCCCUUCAGGCUGCAAGAACGGAGACGCUGGAAAACGACUCCGAGGAGAGCGCUCCCGCCUACGGCGGCCGCCGCUACUGCCACCCGCGGGCCCAGGAGACCGAGGACCGCGGCCUCCGCGCCAGCCACCGCGCAUGUGCAGCCUGCAGCCCGCGCGGCUACCUCGGCGUCGGGUUCAGGGAGAGGGUCGGGGAGGUGCAGGUGUCCGGUCGCCACCACUCCAGAGAAAGAAAGCUCGAAGGAAGCUUCUUAGACGGCCGCUCUAGGGUCUCCUCGGGGAGGGUAGGGGACGAAGGCGGCUGUUCCCGCAGCGACUCGAGAAGAGCCGGUGAAAACCGAGGCCGGCACCGCAGCGUCUCUCAGGAGAGAAUCCGGGGACGUGAUGGCCACCGACUGAGCAGCCCGUGGGUGGCCGUGAGGGGCGACAGCGACCACCGCAGCAGCGACGCGAGCCCAGGUGAAGUGUCUGGAUCGCACUCCCGCGCCUCCAGGGGAGCUGUCAGCGAAGACGCCUGGGUGGGCGUCUCCGAAACCCGGGGGCCGCAAACCAGCCACUCCAGCGACCGAGGCAGUGACGACCGCAGCGGCUCCUGGGGAGGAGCCAGUACCGAUGGCAGCCACUGCGCUACUAGUUCUUGGGAAGAUGUAGAUGGGAGCCUUGACUACGAGGCCAGCGACUCCUCCAGGGCGAGCAUCGCCGAAGAAUCCAGUAGCCGGCACGGUGGCUUCUGGGAGAGAGAGAGUGAAGAAGAUUCCCGCCUGAGGGACUCUUGGGAUAAAAGGGAAGAUCGUGGGCCCCGCGCCAGCGACGAGGAGUCCAGUUGCUGCAGCAGCAGAGACUCCUGUGAGGGAGAAAGUGAAGCCCGGUGCAGCAGCAGGGGCCUGGGUUCUACUCCUCCCCAGAGUCCAAGUCCGAGGGAGAAGGACCAUACCAUGCCUGGUCCCUCCAAGUCCUCUAGGGAGUCUGCAGACUCAAGUUUUGAUCCCUAAAUCUCAAGAAGCAUAAAGCCAACACCUGCACAUCAUUCUCUUGUUUAUUUAUUUUACUUGCCAAAUCAGAGACUAACAUGGAGGAGAAGUUAGAGGCAUCUCCCUUGUUUCAAUUGCUCCUCUACAAAAAGAAGUUCCUGCUUUGCUGCCACCCCAGAUGCUUUUCUAACUACACACAGGAGAGGCCAGGCAACCUCUGCUGCUGCUUGCCAGCAAUCUUGACCCUUGAGUGCUAAUCUCAAAGACUUCAAAUUUUCCUCUAGACUUUUAACAGUUUUUAGAGCAUCUCUUGUGUUACUCAUCAAGCAGGCUUGCCAUCCCAUACCACAUAGACAAAGACUGCAGUCCUGGGAUUCCUUGCACAGACACUGCUAAUCCUGAUGGCUCAGCCUUAGUUGUGUGUCUCACUAUCUAUUGCAAGAACCAUAUAACUGCUGUGAUAGCACGAAGGCACACUAACAUAUACCGUAAAGAAAGAGACAACUCUAUGGGAAUUUAUUCCACAGAUGUUUACCUGUCAGGCUUCUCAGCCUCAGUUGUGUGCCAUGGUACCCAUAGCUAGGACCAUGCACUCACUCUUUUCCAACUCAUCUUUGCUUAUAUUGUGUCAUUGUUUAGGUACAAAUUCAUUGCAGUUUGAGUUCCUUUUUGUCUGAGAGGGACUUCCCUUCAUGGUGGAUUGUGAUUGGGACAUGUAAGCUGAAAUAAAACCUUUCCUCCUCAA